UCUUGUCAUUUUGCUGUGGUGAUGCUAAUCGAGGAACUAAAACGUUUUUGUAUAUAUUAAUAUAAAAUGGCUGACACCGGCUUACGUAUGAAUUUUGCCGCAUUAAAGAGGGCAGAUCCGUAUGCGCGAGAAAUAGUUUACAGUGCUACCCACGUUGCACUUUAUACAUAUGAUGAAGAAAACGAAUGGGAGAAAACUACCAUCGAAGGUGCUUUGUUUGUGUACAGUAGAAAUGGUGAACCGUAUCACAGUCUGGUGAUUAUGAACAGAUUGAACACAAACAAUCUAAUUGAGCCGGUUUCUAAAGGAAUUGAAUUACAAUUAAAAGAACCUUUUCUUUUAUAUCGUAACGCGAAGGGUCGUAUUUACGGCAUAUGGUUUCACGAUAAAAACGAGUGCAUUAGAGUCGCAUCUAAAUUGAAUUCCAUAAUCAAAGAAUCUUCUAAAGCAUCUGUCGAUAUGUCUCAGAAUCAAAAUCUAGCUUACCCUACACCGGCGAAGACGACUGCAUCAGUCGAUAUAUUUAGCAUGUUGAGCAAGGCUCAAGACGACUUUAAUACUACUAAAGGUAUGGCGUCAAAUAAGAACGAUUCAACUCCGUCGCGAGCAACCGAUAUGGCAUCUCAAAGUGUUAUGGAUUUCUUUGCGAAAGCGGGAAGUGGUGCCGCAGUACAAAUGCCUGCAGUAUCAUCACUUCCAUCACCAGGAAUCUUUGGACCGCGACCGAAUGAUGCUCGUGAGGCGCCUCUACUGUUACAGAGACUGAUGAGUAAUCCAGCUCACUCUGUAGAGCAUAUUGAGAAACAACAAAGAUCUGUCACUCCACAAGAUAUUCAAACUUCAAAUGGAAAUAUUUCUUUAGAUUCCACAAUGAGGCAGAAUAGUUCUUUCUCAUUAAAGUCUACGCCUAUAGAGAAGUCAAACCAACAAAGGAUAAGUCUACAGAAGAUGCAGCAAUUAGAAGGUGUUGAUUGUGGUCCCAAUCCAUUAGAGAAUGAAUUGAAUUUGAUGCAUAUUACCUCGCCGAAACCUACAUCACCUUUAGCAUCAUAUUUGAAUCAAUCUCAAGAUAUUGCAAACCAACAAAAGCCUGCUUUAAUGCCUCCUACAAUGUUUACGGCAACUAGUGGCUCUGAAAUGCCACCGUCUCCCGAGCCUCUUACAAGAAAUCAGCUCCUUCAGGCUUUUAAUUAUCUAUUAAAGCAUGACACUGAUUUUGUUAACAAAUUACAUGAGGCAUAUGUUAAAUCAUUCUCAGAAAAAGCUUUUUCAGUCUCAUAA